GAAGCUCUCCGAUACGACUGAAAAAGCUCUCAACAAAGUGACAUUAUGUUGUCUGUUAUUACGUUUGAAAAAGAGAUUGCAGUUUUGUUUUAGUGGAAUAUAACUGGAAAAAUAUAGAAAAAAAUGCGCGAAGUCGAUAACUUUUUGCAUAAGGAAUCCGAAAAGUUGUAUCAACUUUUAAAAGGUGUCCAAGCGAAUCGUAAACUACACAACACAGUUUGGGAAAACUUUUCCAAAAAAUCCAAACCCGAAGCGAAACAACCACCGAUUAAAACCUACUUUAAACGACACCCGAAACAUAUUUCGACAUCAAGUUCCGAAGUGUUGUCGCCCCACGAAUUCGCCCCGAAAUCGACAAAACUGACUCGCUUUAAACCUCACGAUGAAAACACUGGUGAAGAACUCCGAAGAAGUCAAUCAGAUUCUUCUGUUGACGUUGUCACCGUAAGGCAAGAAAUCGACCUUGUUCAUACGGAAUAUUGGCGAAAAGUUCCCGGGAAUGCACGUUGGGGCGGUGGAGGCGGUGGCGAAGGAAAUAAUUUGGGUCAAAGACAUAAAAUUAAUCGGGAAAGAGAAAAGGGGAAAGGCGACGUCAAAAAAAUUUGUGCGAAAAAGUCGGAAAAGGUGGAGAAGGUUAAAGAAAGCAAGGAAAUUACCGAAAUAAACAUAGAAGCUAAAUUAAACAACGUUUUGGAUAAAACUUUAAAAUGCAUGGAGGAUAUUCGAAUUUUAAUCGACACCGGGAUUAUUACCCCUGAUGGGGACGAUGAUUUUGAUAGGAGGAGAAAGAGAUCUGUGGAAUUUGCUUCGAGAUUUUCAAGAAAUUAUCUUUAUCAAUUAAAUAGACAGGUGAACGAUAUUCUCCAAAUAACAAUGCAAUUAAGCGGUGAUGAUACAAAUAAAAUGUUAUCGAUUCGGCAAAAAUUAGUAACUUCGUAUCAAACGCUACUCCAAGGGCUUCAAGCUUAUUAUAAUCACUUACCAGUCUCAAUAACGAACGCGGUACCAGAAAAAGUUCGGGAACUUUUAAAAUUAACCUCAUCGUUAUGCGAAAUCCACCGAACGUCCACACCUAAAGAUUUGAACAGUAACGAAAAGGAGGAAAUUAUCGAUGUUUUUGAAGUUAGAAGUCGCUCGUUAUUAGAAAAAAUCAAUGAAAAAUUUUUUUGCCCCCAACCUCUCUCAGUACGGAAUAUUACCCCAAUGGAAUCAUCAUAUGCAAAGACAGGAAAUAAAAGUUUGAAGAAGAAAAAGAAUCCAAAGGAUCGCUUAGCUAUGUAUUCGCUUCCGGGUGCUAAUGAGGAAGUAUGGAGACGAGCUUGUGCUAGUUUAGCGAGGAAAAAAUUUAACGUUACCUCGAAAUAUCGAACGGCUAAUUUUAAACAUAGACCACCAAUUAUUGAAAGACAACCGACUCCUUCGAAGAUAGCGAUAAAACCAAAUAAAGUUGUGGAGAAAACCUCUUCGGGAAAGAUCAAAUCGACUAAGACGACAUUAAACGAUGAUAACAUACCAACUUUAGUGCAGUGGCACAAAGACUCCUCGGAACCUCAUUUGAGUUCAUCAGAAAUAACCAAAAAAAAUUCGAAAGAUGAUCUUGUAAACCCACCAAAUUCUCGUCGAUCAUCCGAAGAUAACAAUUUGAUGAAUUUAAAUCUAACGAAUCUAAUUAAUCACGUUGUGAAUACGAUUAAAGAAGAGAAUAAGGAUGUGAGUCAAAAUCAGGUCAAAAAUAUCCUGCAAGCUCUCCUGGAUUGCGUGGGUGGUGUCCAGGAGGUCGUCCCUAAAAGCCAACCAGAUCUCACCCAAACGGAAGACCUCCAAGAGAAGAAAAUAUCAAAAGAAAAAAUUCAAAAUGAAGAUGUUAAAAAUGAAAAUAUCAAAGAAACGAUUAAUGAAGAAGAAGAGAUAGUAUUAGAAAAACCAGAAAGGGAGAAAAAAAUCAAAUUCGAUGAUUUCGAUGAAGGUAUUUUAGAUAAAGUGUUAGAGGCUGUCCAAAGAAACCAAGAAAGUAUCCGAAAAGCCAAAGAUAUGUGCGGAAUGCCUCAAAAAGAAGACGUUAAAGAAGAAAAUGUCAAAAAAGAUGAUGACGAAGACUUUGAAAAAGAUAUCAAACCGGAAAGAAAAAAAUCCGUAACAAUAACGGGGGUUAAAAACGCGAAAUUAAUUUGUAUUAAAGAUGAAGAGCCGUCGUUAAAUUCGUUGAAUGAAAUCGAAGAGAAUAUUCUUAAUCCCGAGCUAAUUAAAAAAAUUAAAGACGACGAAUGUUUAAAUAAAUCUAAAGAAAUUGAUGUGAUGCCGAAGCCGUACCCCGAUCGUAUUUCCAAGAUAAAAAUCAGUCGAUUACCGAAGUGCUCGUUGAAGUGUUUAAAAAUGUUACCGAGGAAGUACGCUUUAGAUAUUUUGGAGUACAAAGUAAAUUAUGGGAAAGCCCGAAAGGGGAAUCAUAUGUACAAAAAGAGUGCUACGAAGCAUCCGUGGAUCGUGAUGGGGGAUAUUGCAGACACGAUUUUAGAUGAAUUAAUAAAAGAAAUAGGAUUAGAAAUUCAAGUAAACGGCGUAAUCGACAAUAUUUAUGCAUCCGAGUUCGCUCAGUGAUAUUUUUUUUAGAUAAUUUAUUAUUAUUUUUUUAUAA